CGUGGGCGUUCGGCCUGGGCGGGCUAUUUCUCAGUGCGGCGGCGGCGGCGGUGGCGGCGGCUCCCGGGACCGGGGCCUUUUGUUUGGAGCGGCUGCGGGGGGGCCCCGGAGCGGCGACGCCGGAGGCCUUCCCCAGCUUGCUCGGUCCCGGCCGCCCCUCGCGGGGGUGGGGGGCCGCCCCCUGGGCCGGGCAUCUCCUCAGGCGCCGCCGCCCCGCCCUAGACCGGCCCCGCCCGGCCUGAGGGGAGGAACCGGCCGGGCCUCGCCGCGCGGCCCAGCCACCUCCGGAGUCGCCGCCUCUGCUCUCAGUGCUCGGGAUCGGAGGCCGUCCCUCGCCCCUCAGGCCGACGCCAUGAAGAUCAAAGAUGCCAAGAAACCCUCUUUCCCAUGGUUUGGCAUGGACAUUGGGGGAACUCUAGUAAAGCUCUCGUACUUUGAACCUAUUGAUAUCACAGCAGAGGAAGAACAAGAAGAAGUUGAGAGUUUAAAAAGUAUUCGGAAAUAUUUGACUUCUAACGUGGCAUAUGGAUCCACCGGCAUUCGGGAUGUACACCUUGAACUGAAAGAUUUAACACUUUUUGGCCGAAGAGGGAACUUGCACUUUAUCAGGUUUCCAACCCAGGACCUGCCGACUUUUAUCCAAAUGGGAAGAGAUAAAAACUUCUCAACAUUGCAAACGGUGCUAUGUGCUACAGGAGGUGGUGCUUAUAAGUUUGAAAAAGAUUUUCGCACAAUUGGAAACCUCCACCUGCACAAACUGGAUGAACUUGACUGCCUUGUAAAGGGCUUGCUGUAUAUAGACUCUGUCAGUUUCAAUGGACAAGCCGAGUGCUAUUAUUUUGCUAAUGCCUCAGAACCUGAGCGAUGCCAAAAGAUGCCUUUUAACCUGGAUGAUCCCUAUCCACUGCUUGUAGUGAACAUUGGCUCAGGAGUCAGUAUUUUAGCAGUCCAUUCCAAAGACAACUAUAAACGAGUGACUGGGACAAGCCUUGGAGGGGGUACCUUUCUGGGUUUAUGCAGUUUAUUGACUGGCUGUGAAAGUUUUGAAGAGGCUCUUGAAAUGGCAUCCAAAGGUGAUAGCACACAAGCUGACAAGCUGGUCCGUGAUAUUUAUGGAGGAGAUUAUGAAAGAUUUGGUUUGCCAGGUUGGGCUGUAGCAUCUAGUUUUGGGAAUAUGAUUUAUAAGGAGAAGCGAGAAUCUGUUAGUAAAGAAGAUCUGGCAAGAGCUACUUUAGUUACUAUCACCAAUAACAUUGGUUCUGUCGCACGAAUGUGUGCUGUUAAUGAGAAAAUAAACAGAGUUGUCUUUGUUGGAAACUUUUUACGUGUCAAUACCCUCUCGAUGAAACUUUUGGCAUAUGCACUGGAUUACUGGUCAAAAGGUCAACUAAAAGCAUUGUUUCUAGAACAUGAGGGAUACUUUGGAGCAGUUGGUGCACUUCUUGGGCUGCCAAAUUUCAGCUAAAGCAUCAGGUCUCUCUCUCUGCUAAUAAAUGUCAUCCAAGAGGAACUAAAACCAGAGGCAUUAUUACUCCAUUGUUUGUCACUGGGAACCAAAGGAUAAAAGAGUAGCAUAAGCUGCUGAAUGUUGCCAUAUUAAAGGAGAGAACUUGGUAACGUGAAGUAUUUCUCAUUGAAAUGCUUUCCCUUUUGUAUAUAGCCAGUGUUAAAUCCUUAAAUGCAAUACAGCCUCUGAUUAUUGAGCUUCCUCUUAAAGAGAUUUUUUAAUUUUAUGUAGCCAGCAUUGCAGUACUGUAUGCUCAAACACAAAUCUUAAAGUCUCGGAAAUGUUUAGCUUAUGAAAAUAAUCGACUGAAUAUUUGUUACAAGUCUGUUUUAUGUGUUUUGAUUACUAGUGAGCAGAAAAUAACAUACCCUGUAUUCAAAAUUACUGAAAUGGCAAUCAAAGAUAAUCAUUUUUAUGUGAUUUUAGAAAUGUUAAGGCAAUACUACUAAUUAUUGUAGGUUUUUUUUAACGUAUCACCCAAAGCAUGUAUGUGAUCUUUCCCUAUAAGUGUCUUUUUCUCAAAUGCCAUAAUUAACUGAAAUACUAUUAUUAAAUUUUCAUGAGAAUUCUAAAAUGAAUCCUGGGAAAUGCAUGUUUGGUGAUGUUGCACUUUCUGUAUUUUACAGGAAUUAGUCAAUACAUGUUGAAAUGUUUAACAUUUUAAGAUGGGAGGCUUAAUUACUGGGAGUCUGUCUAAUGAAGUCCUGGGACUAUUGUAAUGGAAUAUGAUUUGAGUUCACUGUGCUCUUUUUGUUUGUUUGUUUUGGUCAUAUAUACAUUCAAAACUUUUAAAACAACCACAAUAACAUUAAUAAUAGAAAAUUCAUAUGGAAAUAUUCACAAUCUAGUCGCUGAAAAAUGGGAAAACCUCUACCAUGCCUUAUUAUUACCUUUUGCUGUUUGAGGAGCCAGAAAUAGAGGUGCAGUUAGAGGAAGGUCACUUUUUCCAACAAAACCCACUCCAUAGCCAUGUGGAUUUUUAUCCAAAGGCUCAACAACCAGAGGGAGUGGUGAGAACUGAUAACUAAAAUACUGUUAUUGGCAAGGGUUUGAAAUGUGUAAGAACCUAGGAGGGAAAGGAAGAUUGAGCAACAUAGGAAAAGGGGAAGAGAGGGUGUCACCAAGGUCCAAUCUCCAUUUAUAAAAAUACUGCAAAACCAGGAGUUGAUUGUAGAAGUGCCCAUGAUCCAUGGCAGGAGUAAAUCUCUCCACCUCCUCUAACUCUCUGAAGACUCUAGAGUUGGAGCAAGUCUUCCAUUUGCCUCUUACCCCUUAAAAGAAUGCCUUCCACUUCCCAACAGCUCCCAUCAAGGGACCCCAAGAGGCCACCAUGCUCUGAUUUCACACUUUCUUUCCUAUUCCCCUUGCCUGAAUCUGGAGUGGGGUUGAGCCCUCUGCCCUCAACCUUAAGAUUUAGGAAGUUCUUUCCCCAACUGUUUAACUUGGAAAGGGAGAUGAGUCUGAAUUUUGAAGUUCUGAAUGCAAAUUCCACUCAGCAGAGGCAAUGUUAUUAAUGUACAUAGGGACAGUGGAAUGAAUUUUAAUAGAUUCUAUCCAAAAGGGUUUGUUCCUCUUAUUUCCUCUAUGUAGGAAGAUGUGUCUUGGGCAACUUUAUCAGUGUCAAUGGAAAAAUGAUAGGCACUACAAUGAAAUGGCAGGAUGCCAAUAUGAGAUCUUUCAGGAAUAAUAAGAAAUACAGUUUGUAUAAAAUAAACUAGCUCAAAUAAGAAAGUUUUCAAUGACA